UAUGGUGAAACGACGUCGUAUAAAGAGAUCAUGGAUAUUUGGUCGGGCAACGCCUUGCAACAAACCCUAACCCCCUAUUCGUUCUUCCCUUGCAGGCCCCGAAGGGAAGGAAGCACACAGUAGAGAGACACAUGAAAUUCUAGAGAGGCAAACAACAGAUUCUAGAGAGACAGGGAUAAAGCAGAUUCUAGAGAGAGAAACAUGGACUCAGACGAAGGAAAGCUAUUUGUAGGAGGCAUACCAUGGGACACUACAGAGGAGAAGCUCAAAGAGUACUUUAACCAGUACGGGGACGUCACGCAGACAGUUAUUAUGCGGGACAAGACCACUGGUCGACCCAGAGGCUUUGGCUUUGUGGUAUUCGCAGAUCCUUCCGUUCUCGAUGCAGUUCUUCAGGAGAAGCACACCAUUGAUGGGAGAACGGUGGAGGCUAAAAGGGCUUUAUCAAGAGAAGAACAGCACACCUCCAGACCUGGAAAUUCUAAUACUGGCAGAAGCUCAUCAGGCAUGGGAGGAAAUUUUAAAACCAAAAAGAUAUUUGUUGGAGGGUUGCCUUCCACCCUUACUGAGGAAGGAUUUCGUCAGUACUUUGAGACUUAUGGUCAUGUAACGGAUGUAGUAGUAAUGUAUGACCAAAAUACUCAACGUCCCCGUGGGUUUGGAUUCAUAUCCUUUGACACUGAAGAUGCAGUUGAUCGAGUUUUACAUAAGACCUUCCAUGAUUUGAAUGGUAAGCUUGUAGAGGUGAAACGAGCCCUCCCUAAAGAUGCAAAUCCUGGUGGUGGUGGCCGUAGUGGAGGCUACCAAGGCUAUGGUGCUUCUGGUGCUAAUACAAGUGCAUAUGAAGGUAGAAUGGAUGGUAAUAGAUUCAUGCCACCUCAGACCACUGGUGGUGGUUUCCCACCAUAUUCUGGCUAUGGUGCACCAGGUUAUGGCUAUGGAGCAGCAAAUAGUGCUGUUGGUUAUGGUGGUUAUGGGAGUUAUGGUGUUGGUGGUUAUGGAAGUGCCAAUACUGGAUUUGGCGGUCCUGCUGGGGCGUAUGGAAACCCGAAUGCUCCUAAUGCUGGUUAUGUAAGUGGCCCACCUGGUGCUAUGAAAAGCCAAUGGAACAACCAAACUCCUUCUGGAUAUGGUGCUUCAGGCUAUGGUUCAAAUGCAGCCUAUGGAGCUACAGGUCCUUGGAAUGCUCCGGGUGGUGCUGGUGUUUCUGGACCAAUGGGUCAAUCUCCAAGUGGCGCUUCUGGAUAUGGAAGUCAAGGUUUUGGAUAUGGUAACUAUGGUGGGAGUGAUGGUUCUUAUUCUGGGGGAUAUGGGGCUGCUGGUGGCCGUGCUGGAAGUGCACCUAGUUCUGGUGGUAGUGCUAGCGGAGAACAGGGGACAGGUGGUGGCUACAUGGGGAGUGGCUAUGGUGAUGCCAAUGGAAAUCAAGGGUAUUCAAAUGCUGGCUGGAGGUCUGACCCUUCACAAGGUGCUGCUGGUUAUGGUGGUGGCUAUGGUGGUGCUCAGAGGCAGGCCCAACAGCAGUGAUAAAGAUGCUUUAGUUUCCUUCACAUGAAUCUUUGGCGUUCACACUUGUUCCUCAUUGUGAAAUCUUCUGCAUGAUGGCGACAGAUCCUGGGACUGGUUGGAUUGCUUGAAUCUCAGUAGUAGUUUGCAGUUGUUUAUCCUGCUAGUAUAUAAUGGCUAGUAGUUCUGAGUAGUAGUGUUAUUUCUAAUUUACUAGCAUUUGCUUUUAAGUUAUAGUGCUUAGCUUUGGCUUUUCUGUGGUUGUCUGCUAGCUUAUUGAAGCUUUUUUCCUCGUCUUUCUACUGUUAAAGCUAGAGUAGCUUCUAUUAAACUUCGUUAUUAUUGUGGGUAUUGAUGAUAACUAGUAUUUUGUUAAAGGCAUAUUGCUUUAGCCUUAAA